AUGUCGGCCGAGUCAGAUAGGAUUCUCGCGCAGCUGCAGUCUGUUGGCGCAGAGUUCCGUGAGAAGCAACCGGGGGCUCGGGAGCAACUCAUCAAACUCUGUCGUGAAUUGAUAUCCAGCCUCGAGCUGCCUAGUGAAGCCAUUCAGCGAAUUGGCUGGGCAGAGCCUGCUCGGGCGGCUCACUGCCGCAUUGCUGUUGAUCUGAAGAUCCCUGAGCAUCUCAAGGAGAGUGGCACGGCCGGGAUAAGUGCGCAGGCCCUGGCGGCUAAGAUUGGCGCUGACGAUGUGUUGAUAGCUCGAACUAUGAGGCACUUGGCUGCCAUGAAAAUUGUAGCCGAGAAUGGCGUUGACACAUAUGUCGCCACGGGUCUUAGCAACGCCCUGACAGACCCUAAAUACAGAGAUGGUAUCAUCUAUACAUACGAUGUGGCUGGCCGAUCUUUCCGCGCUCUGCCCGAAUAUCUGAAGAAGACCUCAUACGCUCUCCCUACCGACUUGACCAACGGACCCUUCCAGCAUGCCCAUAAGACAGAUCUGCCUUUCUUCGCCUGGUUGGACCAGAACCCACCGUAUCUGGAAAAGUUUAACAACUACAUGUCAGCUUACCGCGCGGGGAAGCCAUCCUGGCUCGACCCCGGCUUCUACCCAAUCCAAGAGCGUCUCAUCAAUGGCUUUGAACCAACCUAUAGCGAUGUCAUGCUCGUAGACGUUGGGGGAGGUCUCGGUCAUGAUCUCAGGGAGCUGAAGGAGAAGCAUCCGAGUUUACCUGGGAGGCUCGUCCUGCAAGACAGACCCGAGGUCAUAUCCUCGUUGGCCAGUACCGGUGAAACUGUCUUUGACCCCACGUCCCACGAUUUCUUCACAGAGCAGCCAGUCAAAAAUGCGCGAACAUACUACCUUCAUUCCGUCCUUCACGAUUGGGGAGACGAUGACUGCAUAAAGAUCCUGCAGCAACUGAAGCCCGCGAUGAAGGCAGGGUACUCGCGAUUGCUGAUCAAUGAACUAGUUGUCCCGGGUCAGAACGCGCCAUGGUCUGUCACUUCGAUGGACCAGCUCGUUUUUGUGCUGGGCGCUAUGAGGGAGCGUACCGAGGCAGACUGGAAGAGUGUUUUGGAGCGCGCAGGGUUCCGGAAUAUCCAGAUUCAUAGCUUUGCCAUGGGAUCGGAGGUCAUUAUUGAGGCAGAGCUGGCAUAG